AUGUUGCUUUCAUGUGACCCUCUCCUGACGUGUUUCUUCAUUUCUGGAUUUUGGGUUUUCAGGAGAAACGCCAAAGAGCAACUUUUUGUGAAGAUAACAAGUGUCAAGAGGAAACUAGAUGAUGAACUGUCGUCUCCUUGGUAAUACGCCGUUUGUACCAUGGGAGGAAUGAUCAGUGCCGGAACAACACAUCUGGCCCUAACCCCUCUUGAUGUCCUCAAAGUCAAUAUGCAGGUGAAUCCUGUGAAGUACAAUAGCAUUCCCUCAGGUUUCUCCACUCUCUUAAGAGAACAUGGCCAUUCCUAUCUCUGGAGAGCUUGGUCAGGAAAGCUUUUAGGCUAUGGUGUCCAAGGCGGAUGCAGAUUCGGACUCUACGAGUACUUCAAGACGCUCUACAGCAAUGUCUUGCCUAACAAUAACAGAACUUCCAUAUAUUCUCAGAUAUUCGCAGAUAUGGUCGUAUGUCCUUUUGAAGCUAUAAAAGUUAGAGUUCAGACGCAGCCCAUGUUUGCAAAAGGGUUGCUUGAUGGGUUUCCAAAAGUUAUAAGAAAUGAAGGUCUUGCUGGCUUCCACAUGGGACUUUUUCGGCUCUGGUGUCGCAAUCUUCCAUUUUCUAUGGUGAUGUUCUCAACGUUUGAGCAGUUAGUUGAGUUUAUAUAUCAAAACAUUAUCGAGAAAAGGAAACAAGAUUGCUCUAAAGCUCAACAACUUGGUGUCACAUGUCUUGCUGGGUAUACUGCUGGAGCCCUAGGUACACUCAUCUCUGACCCUGCAGAUGUGGUUGUUUCUUCUCACUACAACAACAAAGCCAAGAAUGUGUUGCAGGCUGUGAGAAACAUUGGGUUUGUUGGUCUCUUCACCAGAAGUCUUCCUGUUCGAAUCACGAUAGUUGGACCUGUCAUAACCUUGCAGUGGUUCUUUUAUGACGCCAUCAAAGUCUUAAGUGGAUUGUAAGUAGACAUCUCUCCAAUUCACCAUAUCUUUCUUCUCUGAUUCUCAUCUAACCAGUUGUUAUACACUUGGGAAGACUAUAGAGCCCUACAAGUGGAGGUGUGCAGAAACUAGUGGAUGCAACUAAAGUGUCAGUGUGACGCUUAGAAGAGUAGUUAUAUCUCUUUCAACAUCAUAAUUUGAAACUCAAAAACAUAUUAAGUUCAGUAGAACCUCUAUAAAUUAAUACUCGAUAAAUUAAUAAUCUCUAUAAAUUAAUAAAUUUUGCCAGUUCCAGCUUGGGCCGGUUCAAAAUUUGGCAUAAAUCGAUAAAAUAAUAAAACAAUAUUUUUUAAAGAAAAUUCUAUGUAAAUAUAUGGUCUCGUUAAAAUUAUAUACAAAUUUUAUGUAAGUAAGAACCUAUUAUUGUAUUGUUUGUUUUAUAUUCACGAUGGAAGUAUCUUUAUAUUCUCUUAACACUUAACAUAUUUUUGAUAAGAUUUAGUAAUAUUAAAUUUAAAACCACAUUUAAAUUAUAUGCAAUAUAUAUUAUAUACACCAAAUAAAAUAAUAAAAUUAAUAUAAAUGUAAAAAAUUUCAAAAUAACAAUUAAUGUCUAUAUGCUAAAAUGAAAUAUUUUUCUUAUCUUAGAAUAAAAAUUUCUUAAAAUAAGAAAUCUAAAUAAAUAAUGUCUAUACCAUUUCUCUAGGAAUAAAUGCAUAAGUACAUGAGCAUAUACAUAUGUAUGAACGCGUAAGUGUAUAUACAUAAUUCAUAUUCAUGUAUUAAAAGAAUGUGGAAUAUGAUGAGCUAAUAAGUAUCAAUCAUGUAAUCAAAGUGAUGUUUUGGAACCAAACUUCAGGUUGUUCGAAACUAUCAAUCAUACAUUGGUCCCAUUAUGGUAGAUUGGAACAUGACAGGAAAACCCAUGUUCUCCCCACUUGUUUUAUAAUCUAUUACGGCAUAUAUACCCUUCACAAUUCACACCACAUGCAUUGAAUUAUUUUUGUGUCACCUUUAGUUAGUGUAUUCCAUCAUAUAGUCAAAUAGAUUGGAUUUCAUGAUUUCCAUUCAGCUACACUGCAUGUUUUAUUCUUAUAUUUACUUCGGAUUCAUGAUAUAUUUUUUUUACUAUUUUAUAACCUAUGUUUAGAGUUUUUAUCGAGUCAAAGUAUUUCUUUUGAAUUCUUUGGAGUCUUUUUGUGUUCUUUUAGAGUUUUCACAUGUUAAGAUAUAUUUGAGAUAAAACAGAUCGAAUUGGAUGCACAAAGAAAUUGAAGAUGGAGAACUGUGAAGAUGCUUCAGAAGUAAUAGAUAGAGGAUUUGUUACCGAUGGAUUAUUCUAAAAUUUUGACACAAGAUAUAUAAUUGAAUUAACUUUCCAGUGCCGUUGGUUUGAGAACGAUCCAUCGGUUCGAUCAAAAGUUAUAUGUUUUGUAUUUAGUCUGUUAUGUGUGCUAGUUUAGUAAGAGAAAGAAAAAAAAGAAAUUUCGGUUUUCUUUAUUUUCGGUUUAGUUUUCCCUCACACUAGACCAAGACGUGAUUUUUACCUCUUGUUUUCGGUCAUUGUUUAGGUUAAGUUUUAUCUUCAUCACACUUUUAGGUUUUAGAGUUUUUGGAGAGACGGAUUCGUACUUUACCUUUGGAGAAGUGUUCUGAACCCCACUUUUUAUUUAUAUUAUUAUGUAUUCAUUUUUUUCUAUGUUUCUCCUAUCAUGUCUGAAUAGUUUUUCAAUUGGGGUUUAGUCUUUAGGGGUUUCAGAGGGAUUCAUAGUUUGUUGAUUUAGGAUUGUUAGAUUUGAUAUUUAUCAUAUGAUUUUUAAUAUAUUGUUAUUCUCAAUGCUGAACUCAGAAUCAUGAAUUAGUUUAUGAGCUUUGGAUGUUUAACUUACCGAAAGCUUGUGUUUAGACGCUUGAAAGAAUUUUAGGUGAGCAAAAUGUCUUUAACCAAUGGAAGAUGAUGUUAUUGUCCAUUGCGAAUAUAUCAAAUCUAUUUUAAAUGCAUGUUUAGAGUGGAAAACUCAACGGAAGUUAGAGUAGAGGAUUCUAUAACAUAGGGAGUUACCAGUAUACUUUCUAUUGGAUGAAUGUAGUUAUUGAUGAUUUAUACAAAAUAAAAUAAAUUGAAUAAAAAUAUUAACUCUUUAAUCAGUAAGUAAAAAUCUUAAACAUUACUCUUAGUUGCAAACUGUAUUAGUAAAAAAACUCAUGUUUUAAGGGUAGAAAUGCUAGAUCCGAGUCUCAACCGAAGCAACAAAUGAUUUAGAACCCGACUCUUAUCUCUGGUCCAAAGAAAUGAACUUCUCGUAAUAAAUAAAAAUUCUAAAACACCACUUAUCUUGAAAAAAAAAAGUAAAAAUCUAUAGAAAUACAGUUAAUUUAUGUUGGGAAUAUUAGAUCAAUUAUAUUUUACAGUUUUUAAUGUGACAUGAUAAGAUAAAAUUAUUAUUAUUAUUAUUUGUCUGCAACAUAAAGAAACUCGUGUAGACUCUACAAACUAAAUUGGUAACUCUCCAUCUAUUUGGACGAUAAAAGACGGUUGUUUCUUUACACUUCGUGCGAGACUGUACGCCCCUUAAAUUUUGCGUCCAUUGUUUAAAAACUCAUCAUCCAUAUGAAUGACAAAAGACGACUGCUUCUUUACAUAAUAAAAUUAUAAUUCACUAAAACAAAACCACUCAUUAGCUCGAGAAAAAAAUCCAAAAAACCGAAAGAAAUGAAACAAGGAUGCUAAAUCUUCUUCUUCUUCUUCUUGAAACAUAACUAAUCUUCUUCUUGAAAAAAAUCCGAAAAUAAGUCACGGGAUCUUGAAACAAGGAUGCAAAAUAUGGUUUAAAUUUAUAAAUUGAAGUCAACUGAUUUAUUUUAAGUUAUUUAAGAAAUGUCUUAUAGAUUAAAAAAUAAUUAUCCUUACACACACGAAAUAGAUAUAAUUAUUUACAAAAUGAGAAACGUUCGAUUAUAUUUUUAACUUAUCUUUCUUAUUCUUAAAUUGGGAGGGACGGUCCAUAAGAUAUGGUAAUGAAAAACUCAAGAUUCAAAAAAAAAAAAAAAAAA